UAAGAAAAAAGAAAUUUCAUAUUGUGAGAUGGAUUUUGUGAAAAUGAACUCGUUCCAGAGCUCAUAGAUUUUUUAAAAUAAUAAUAACAGAACUGGUUGAAAUCGUAAAAAAAGAUUAUAAAGUUGAGCGAAACUGGACUAUUAAUGAGUGGUUGACUAGUAAGUUUCUGUUUCGUGUGAUUUAAAAAGACUAAGAAAGACUCAAAAACAUUUUUAAAACUGUUCAUCUGUUAUUUUGACUCUGUGAAUUCAAAAUCAUGAGGAUAUUCAAAUUAAAUGUGAUAAUCACGGAAGUGAUAAUAGCAUCAUUAGGAAUAUUGGUGGAAUCAGCAGCAUGGUCUCUCAGCAACAUAAUGAUGUCCGGUUCAAAAGCUGUGGAUAUCUAUGCAGACAGCGUUGCUAUUGCAGCAGAAAGAGGUAUGGAGGAAUGUCGAAACCAAUUCAGGUGGGAGCCCUGGGGCUGUCCAAAAGAGAGUUACAACGUCUUCUUAAGAUCCCAAAAAUAUCCAGCAACAAAAGAAAUGGCUUUCAUUCACGCUAUGAUCAGUGCCUCGAUAGUCAUAACUCUGACUAGGAAUUGCAGUUUAGGCCAUUUUAAUUCAUGUGGAUGUGAUGAGACGAAAAAAGGACCUUUAGGUUAUGCAGGAUGGGAAUGGGGAGGAUGCAGUGACAAUGUUAAAAUUGGUAACAAAAUGGCCAAACAUUAUAUGGACAGUAAAGAACAUGGAAGAGAUAUACAAGCCAUGAUCAAUUUGCAUAACAACAGAGUUGGAAGAAUGAUGGUUAAACGAAACAUGCGUCGAAUGUGCAAAUGCCAUGGAGUGUCAGGGAGCUGUGAGAUGAAGACAUGCUGGAUGAGAGUUCAGGAAUUAAAGCCAAUUGGGGAACUUCUGAAAAAGGCUUAUGAUUCAGCAGUUCCAGUCGAAUACAACGAUAAUGCCUUAAUAAGAACCGUAAAGAGGCGUAGGCAUCACCACGAAAAUUCUAUUUAUUAUCAACAGAGGCCUAAGUUGCCGAAGAACCAGCUAAUCUACAAUGAAAUUUCACCAAAUUAUUGUGUGGGGAACAAAACAGCUGGCGUUGCUGGAGUGUCUGGAAGGCAAUGUUCGAGAAGAACGGGAAGUGAUGUCUCAGACGCAGAGAGAGCAAGUUGCAAAACACUCUGCAGAGCUUGCGGAUAUAACAUCCAAGUGAAAACUGUAGUGGUGGAGAGUGUCUGCAAAUGCAAGUUUGAAUGGUGUUGCGAUGUUAAAUGCAAAACAUGCGUUGAGAAAGUCGCUCAGCAUCAAUGUGUAUGAUUAUUUCCAGUGACAAUAGUAGAAACAACCCCCACCGGUUCAUGAUACAUGUCUUCAAAUGUUAUUGAAAUGUGCAUAACAUUACGACUAAUAAUAUUACAUCUAAAGGAACCACUCUCAUUGCAAAACGACUUAUGAGUGGCGGGAGAUGGUCUGAAAUUGUGCUAAUGGUGCUACGCAUAGUAGUUACAUAAGAUAGUUCUGGUAUAUACAGAAAUAAAAGAAUCUUACGGUUAUUAUCGGGAAUGGGCAGAUCGUUCUAGAACUGGAACAGAUGGAGAAAAAAAAACAUUGCUGGCUCUGGGAAGCAUGGAUUCAUAUAAGUUUUAUUGCUUUGAAAUACGAGUGCUGUUCUUUCUUAUAUGCUUUCUUAGAGCAUCAAAACUAUUCUGAAAGUAUAUUAAAGAAGGCUAAACUGAUAAAGUGUUAUCAUGAAUAAACAAUACCUUAUGUGGAAAGUUCCUCUUAUAAUUAACUCGUUCAAAUCCAGUUUCGAUUUUAAAGAAUGCAGUAUGGAUGUGUUUGUUCGAUGACUUUCUAUGUUGCCAAAAGUUUUCCUGCAGACCAUUUGAAACUAAGAACACAAAAAGAAUAUUAUAUAUCUGAUUGAUUCCAUGUUGCGAGAUUCAUCAGAAAUCGAUAAAAAAGUUCCUUGCCUUAUGUUUUAAAAAAUUUAUUAAUUUUCUAUUUUUUGCUGUGGAUUUUAUAUGGAAAUUUCUGGAAAUUUCCGAAAUUGUAUAUAAUACAGAAAAUAUGUAAAUAAUUCAUAUUACAAAAUUGAUUGUAUAUAAAAAUAUUUAUUAAAAAUAUACUAAGCCUAACUUUGCAGAAACUGCAUGUUUGAAUUUGAUAGACAGAUCGUAAAUAAUCAAAUAUUUUUUUUCUAAUCAAACAGUUAUGAUCAAGGAAUUGAUUAAAUUAUUACAGCUUUUUUUAUGUUCUAGCUUUUUAUAGCAUAAAUUUUAGAUUUUUAGCAUGUAUUUGUAAACAGUAUAGCUUUCGAACGAUAUAAAUCCCUUGAAGAUGCAUGGGGACAUCAUUUCGCAGUUUUUUUUUCUUGUAUAACAAAACUGUAAAAUUUAUGUAAUUUAAAUAUUUGAUUUUUAUGUAAUUCUUCGCGAUUGUGAAUAAGGCCCUUAUUUCAAAAUUUAGUUCAAUCCAUUUUUAAUCUAAACCAACUGUGAAUUUUUUUUCUCUGUUUUUUAUAGUUGCAAAAUUCAAUAUCUUUUUAACCUUUCUAACCAGUUGCAGACAUGUCUCAAAUUUUCAAAAUUAUUUUAAUUUUUUUAAUUCAUUACUUAACUGGAAUUUCAAUUAAAAACAUUUUUAGUGCUAACUACAGAUAUAAAUACUCGAAAAGAAGUGUUUUUUUUUUAAUUUUUAUUUACUUAUACGUAUUUUAAAAAACGCAGCUUUACAUCAAAAUAAAGCAGAAAUAACAAGGUUAUAAUUGUUACAAUUAUCUUGCCAAAACUAAUUUAGCAAAAUAUUUUAAAUCUAAUUUUUUUUUUUUUCGUUAUAAAAGGAAAAACUAAAUUGAAAGAGGAAUCAUGACCCCCCACCCCCUUUCUCGCUUUCUUUUCUCUCCCUCAAUUUAAAAGAAUUUAGUUCAACAACAUAUUAAUGCAGAAACUAAAUUUAUUUUUCCUACUAGGAAAAAAAAAUGUUUCUACAACUUAAGGCGAAAACUGAAAUUUCCCAAUAGAAAUUUUCCUACCACAACAUAAGAAACAAUUUAAUUAAAACUUAAGAGUAAAUUUAGAAGAAAACAAACAUAAGCUGCGGCUCCUUCUAAGGAAUGUCUCUACAAUAAAAUAUUUCAAAUUGGAUUUAGUUGGUGUCAAAUCCAAUUGCUUCACACACAUAGGGUGUUCCAAAAUCGAACUGACAAAUUUUGACGGGUAGUAAAAGUCAUGGAAACAUAGAACCUCCAAACGCGUUGAGAAGGCUAAAAUCGUGGGCAAUGCAUGCAUGUUUCGAAGCUGGAAAAGAACUACAAAAUGUUUUAUUUAGCUAAUUACUACAAGAGUUUUUCGAAGUGC